AUGUUGCAAGCGGUGCUCUGCGCUUUGUGGCCUCUUCUGGCCAGCAGCGCGGUUACCUGGGCCUGGACGAAGCAGAACGGCGGCACGGGAGGAGAAAACUGGAGAGCUCUCAAGGUGGAUGGCAGUGGCAACAUUAUUGCAGGAGGAGCCUCAUUAAGCGACUCUGUUGACGGCGCAACGAACACCGGCAACCCCAACUCAUGGGACGCUCUCAUCGCAAAAUACUCAAGCACCGGGGUGCAGCAGUGGAUCAUCCAGUAUGGCACCCCUUCAUCUUCGCAGCUGGACGAGUGCCUCGCCUUGGAGGUGGACAACAGCGACAACAUCUACUGCGCAGGGGCGCUUGAUGGCCAUCCCGAACUCAUGCGCUUCUCGAGCAGUGGUGGUUUUCAGUGGAAGGCGACAUUUUCUCAGGGGACUCUCCGAGCGGUAAAGGUGGCUGCAGACGGGAGCAUUGUCGUCGCAGGUGCGACCAGAUCGGACGCAUACGACCAAGCCAAUGUGGGCAACAAUGACAUCCUCGUCGCAAAACUCACGCCCGAAAGCAACGGUGCUAGAGAGGUCUGGGUCCGAUCGCGUGGCAGCACAGAAAACGACUGGGCUCACGCGGUGGAGGUGGACGGCAGCGGCAACGUCUAUUGCGCCGGGUAUGUCCAAAAUGGUGGGUCCGUCGAAGGUCAGACCUCCUUUGGGCGUUCGGACCUCUUUCUCAUGAAGUUCAAUGCCAACGGCGGUUUAAUCUGGACCGUGCAGCAUGGCACCGCUCAAGACGAGAUGGUGUACGCCAUGCUGCUGGACAACGACGGCCAUAUCAUUGUUGCUGGGGAAGGGAACGAAGAUAUCGACGGGGAAACGAACAUUGGCGGCUAUGACGUGUUGCUUGUGAGCUUCACCAGCAGUGGUACUCGUCGUUGGACGCGCCUUGCUGGCAGCACUAGCAGUGAUGAGGCGAGAGCCAUGCAGCUGGACCCCGACGGCCACAUCGUGGUAGCAGGGACCACGUCGGCAACCUCCAUCGACGGGCUGACAUCCGCUGGCAGCGAGGACUGGUUGAUCAUGAGCUUCGCCAGCGACGGCACCCACCGCUGGACCGGCCUUGGCGGCGUCGGCUCUCAGGAGUAUGCCAAUGCCUUGCAGAUUUACCCCGACGGGCGCACCGUGGUCGCUGGAUAUACAUAUGGCAGCAUGGAGGACGGCGCUGCGAAUGCAGGGGAGACAGACGCCGUGGUUGCACUCUUCGAGUUCGUGACAACAACCUCAUCAACUGCCACGUCAAUGACAUCCACAUCAUCGACGCUGACGUCAUCGUCACUGACGUUGACAUCUUCAACAUCGUCGACUCAUACGGCAACAACAUCAUCGACCUCAACAGAGUCGUUGACAUCUUCGACGUCGUCGACUCAGACGUUAACAUCGUCAACGACAUCGACGUCAUCGACCACAACGGUGUCAUCGACGUCUUCAACGAGCACGUCAUCAUCGACAUCUACAUCGUCGUCAACGUCAUCGUCAUCCACAUGGUCGACGUCAACAACGUCGUCGACAUCUACGUCAUCGAUGUCAACAACAUCAAAGACGUCUUCUUCCACGACGUCGACAUCAUCGACAACGACAUCAUCGACAACGACAUCAGGGACAUCGACCUCGUCGUCCACGUCGUCGGCAUCCACAUCAUCGACGUCGUCGUCCACGUCGUCAUCGUCCACAUCAUCGACAUCAACGACGUCGUUGACGUCUACCUCGUCGUCAACGGUGUCAACGUCAUCAACAACGAUGACGACAAGAACCGCAACCAGCGAGACCGGCGCCAUUGCUAUUGAGCUGGAGCGCACGACCAACUACCUGCUGGGUGAGCUGACAUCCCUUGGCCAGGCUAAUGCAACAGCGAAUGCAACAGACGUUGGUACGAUCACCGCCGUCAAGUUGCCAGAGUUGGUCGACUCUGAUUACCUCUCCGUCGUCGUGGAAACAAGCCCGGCGGCCGCUGUGCUGCCACUGGAGGCUUCCUGGAAUGACUCCGCGCUGGUGCUCACGACGUUCAACGAGGAGGCCAUGGAGGUCUUCGGCGGAGUCAAGCCACAGAGUGAGGCAGGCCGCCCCAUCGAGGCCGUUGCGCCCUUUGUGGACGUCUCGCUGGUCGACCUCCGAAGGCAAAGGGCGCAGGGGGUGGAAGUCUCCUGGGCUUCGCCCAUCUUCGUGCGAAUCGCUACGCUCGAGCCAGAACCAGACUGGAUCUGCGCCUACUGGAACGAAGGGGAGGAAGCCUGGUCCAGCGAGGGGGUGCGCCUCGCGACUGUGGCCGAGCUCAAGGAGGCCUUCGGGGCGAUGGCGGACACCUCCGGAACCUGGUGUGCCACGAUCCACCUUUCCAUCUUCGGUGCCUUCGUCGACAUACUCCUGGACUGCACGAAUGCGAACAUGCUGACACCGGAAGGGUUGAAGGAGAUCUUCGAGCGACCGGACUGGUGGACACGGCCGCCGGCCCUGUUGCUGUGGGUGUUGCUCGUGGCUUCCUUGCUGCUUAUCGGCUUCAGCUUCUUCAAGGAUGCCCGCAUGCGUCGCUCGGGGCUCUGGCGGGAGGAGUACUUCCUCACAGACCUCCCUCCCGCCCAGCUGGCAAAGCACCCCUGCCUCAGCUGCCUCAGCUGCACGCCGGCACCGCCGGCACCUCCGGCACCGGAGCCAAAGGAGCCUUCGACUCCGACGGCUCCGGCGGCUCCUCCUCAGAAGUCCAAAUCCUGGAGGGCCGGGACCGGUCUGAGUCGCAUUCGAGGCCUCUCACGAGGAUUCUCUCGGGUCUCUGAGUCCCCGAUGGCGCUGGCGCGGCAGCAGAUGCUCCGCAGGGCCAAGCCUUCCAUGGGCUCGGCCAUGCGCGAGCGCACGAUUUGCCGCAGCACCCUGUGGGAGGCGGCUUUACGACACCGCCUGCACACCAGCUCCAUCGAGAUUCACAUCUGGGGUCGCCGCGGCUGGGUCCAAGGCAGUUUGGCCCUCCAUCACUCUCCGGUGAUGAAGGAGCUGGCUCUGAAGAUGGAGGAGAGCUUGCCCAAGGCCUUCGUCAAGAUGCACAGCUCGCGAGCUCGUCGACUCUGGGUGCCUCUGCUGGCCACCCACCCUGUUUACGAGCUCUUCCUCUGUGACAUCCACAUGACCUCGGCAAAGCGGGCCAAGAUCCUAAUCGCGGACUGUCUCCUGGGCAGCCUCUCCUUCGUCGCCCUCUUCUUCUCUGUGGAUGGAUCGGCCGUCGCAGCCAGGAGCCCAGAGGAGUGUCCGAUCGAGCAGGGCACCUUCUUGUGGUUCACCUUCGUUGCCAUGUUCUCCGUCCUCCUGAACUUCGCGCCACGAAGCCUGGAAUGCCGCUUGGCCAGGCGCACCUUCAUACAAGAGGAGUCUGGGCAGCGGGAGAGGCAGCUGUGGAGGCAGCGCUUCCGGGACGUAGCCUUCUGGAUCAUCAGCAGUGGCCUCUCUUGCAUCCAUCUCCUUAUCAUCACUGCAUUCCUGGCAAACCUGUCCCAGGCGGACGAGGCCAAGUGGCUGUUCACCUUCGGGAUCGUGCUUGUGCGGAAGCUCCUGAUCGUUCCGCUUCUCGCAUGCCUCUUCUCAGGCCUUGGCACCGAGCUCUCCCUGCACACAGGUGAGAUCCGGCCACCGAAGAAGCUGGGACUGGAUCUGCAGCUGUCAGAUGAGGGUCAUGAGCAGAACGAGCAGAAUGAGCAGAAUGAGGAGCCUGCAGAUGGCAAGAAGGGCGAGGAGUGCGAGGAGGGCGACGAAAUCCAGGAAUGGCACGAGGAGGGCCAGGGGGGCCAGGGAGGCGAGGGAUCCGGAGCCGGAAACGAUCGACGGGUCUGGUUCGAGAAGGUGCAAGAGCUCGCAGGCAGGGGCCUGACCAUCAGGCAGCUCCUCGACUUCUACGCGGAUCUGGGGAAAGGCAACAUGCCGCAUUUCGACCCAAUCGAGUCGACCACGCACGAUGUGGUGCGGCAGGCCAUCAUCCCGCGAUCUCUGAAGUUGAAGGAGGCGCGCUACUUCCUCGUGGUGGUCCAUCGUGCCACCGGCCUGGAUGCCGCGGAUCUCUUCAGCGGCUCGGAUCCCUACUGCGUGAUCUCGGUACAGGGGGCCAAAGGCUUGAAGAAGCCAUGGAAAGGUGGGGGCCGCACGGCUGUGGCGAGUGGCCAAAAUCCAGUGUGGGAUGAGACCUUCCUGGUGCAGGAUGUCUUCGACGAGGAGAGCCUCCGCUUUGAACUCUGGGACAGGGACUUCCUUUCCAGCGACGACCCUCUCGGCAGCGUCUCGAUGGCGGCAGAAAGCUUCUGGCAAGGCGUGAGCGGGAUACAGCAGCUCGAGGACACCAAAGACGGCGGGGGCUUCCUCGAGGUUUCCAUCACGGCCCACCUGACCCUGGAGAAAGCCCAGCAAGCCCAGAGGGCCCAGGAGGCCACGCAUACCACGAUCUCCACAGUGGCCGCUCUGACGUCACAGUUUGCGAGACAGAUCAGUCCAUAUGAGUUGCGGGAGACAGCUGACAUCGACGAGGAAGUGGUGGUCCGCGGCGGUAUCUACAAGAUGGGCCGGAGCGUCUCGCGUGGAUUGCUAUCGGGAGACAUGGGUCCGGGCUAUGCUUAUGCCACCGUGUUGAAUGGCGGUCGUUCGCAUCUCGCCGUCAAGAUGGUGACUCACAGCUGGCGCAACAAAUUCACCUAUCUCUUGGCGAGCGUUCUUGCCGAUGCUCUCGACGCGGAGAAGUACGACGUGUUUGCAGAAAGCCUCAAGGAGCGAGACUUUGACAAACUGACAAAGGCCUUGCAGAAGAAGGGGAAGCUCGACGUGCGGUACUGGAUCUGUGCCUUCUCGGUGAACCAGCAUGCCGGGAUUUGCGCAACCCCUCCGCCGACCGAUUCAACCGGGCAUGCCAUAACCCCAUGCAGCUGCACGACCAUAAAGCACUUUGAUGGAGACCUCAGCGAAAUGAACAAGUUUGACGACAUGAUGGCCUACCUCAAGAAGUCCUUGCGCCAGCUGGGCCAGGCUCGGUUGGAGCAAGUGGUCGCCUUGGAGGUCGAUUUUUCGCUCUUGACGCGGGUGUGGUGCCUUGCCGAGCUCUACGAAGCGCAUGACCUGCACUUGCCGCAGGCCAUCAAGAUCCAUUCCCUGGCCGCCCGGGACCUUUGUUUGGAGAGGCUUGCGCGGCUGGAUGUCCAGCAAGCGGAGGCUUCCUUCCCCGCGGACAAGGACUUGGUCCUUGGCAAGAUCGAGGACACUGGCGCUUUCAAUGUGGCCCUCCAGGACCUCGUGCUGCAUCGCUUGGAUUCCUUCCUGGGCAACCGAGCGCGCUCGGCCGCGGCGCUCCUCGAUGAAGUCGUCCUGGCCUCGUUCAACGUCCUGAUCUGA